AUGUCCGAAGCCGACCGGGAACGGUACUGGGAUGACAGCAUCCACUUCACACCCGAGGGCUACGAUCGGAUGGGAAACAAGAUUGGCGUCACGCUGGUCAGCUUGCUGGUGAAGGAGAAAUCAGACAACGAUCGGACGCCGAUGGGCAGGAAGAGGAGAAUGUUCAAGGGUGACGAGAAGGUGUUUGAGGAAGAGGAGGACCCGGCUGAGCCGACCACGCCUGGGCUUGAUAAGGGGUAUAUCGUUGUUCGUAGGAGGGAUUUGGAUUAG